GCCUGUAUUGUAUGCAGAGGUCAUCUGAUAUGGAAAUAUGGAUAACUACGGAUAUUCCAGCUCUCAGGCUCAAAUUAAGUCUGUUGAUGUAACUCCCUGCAAGGGAAAUAUCUGCGUUCUAGAGCGAGGCUCCAAUGUUUCUAUCAAGGUGACAUUUAUACCAAAACAAGUUAUGGCCAAGGGCAAGGUUGUAGUACACGGCGUCAUUGCUGGUGUUCCCAUUCCAUUCCCUCCGCCCGUUGUUGAUGCUUGCCAGAAUUCAGGACUCACCUGUCCACUAGCAAGUGGAACCCCAUACACCUACACUGCUGUUCUGCCCGUAUUGAAGGUCUACCCAAGUGUGAAGUGCAUUGUUAAAUGGGAGCUCAGGGACCAGAAAGGUGAAGAUGUCUUCUGCUGGGAGAUGGCUGCACAGAUCAAGUAGAAUGCAGCUUCUAUUGCUACUACACUGAUACACUCUACUGAAAUUCUAUAUAUAUACUACCAUAACAAGCUCUGUGUGAAGCUUUCUCAGAUAUGCGAAAGUUCGGGCUACUUUUUAGUAUAAUUUCAUCUAUUCCAUCUUGAAUCGACAUGUAUUCGGGUUAAUGGGCGAUGACGUUGCAGGGUGUCGACAUCGUGAGUUUGACUAGGUAUGUGGUAAUCGUGAUGUGACAACUAGAUUACUAGUGUUUAAGUAACAUAGACAUGCAUGGAAUGCCCUACUAAGGUGCGUUCUCAAUGGAACAACCUUCACUUUAAUGUGAAUGCAUAAUCAGAGUGACUGAGUAUCUGUUGAACUUGGUUGUCAUAUUGUUGGGGGGCAAUCACUAAUACAUGACAACUUGCAUGAAGUUCAAUCAAGUCACAAUGCCUUACCUGUAAGGUCAUCAGCUGUACUGGUUUAUAUGAAAUGUAAAAGGAGAGAUUUAGGCAAUGCUAUAUGCAUCAAGCUGUCAUUGCCACUGUAUUUCUUAACUUGUAAUACUGUGACCGUGAGUUCUCUAUUUGCAUACUUUCCUACUUUUUAUUAUAGUGCAACUCAUACGAUGAAACCUUUCUCAUUAUACAGUAUUAGCAGAAUAGUACAUAUUACUAGGAGUAAUUUGAGGUUGUUUAUUCUUUAUAUUACUGAUAGUACACAUUUUGCCUUAAUUGGUGGUGUUCAUAUUAACAUUGCAGUGGCAUUUUGAGAUAGUUCUCUUAAUGUUUGUAAUCAUUGUUAUAUACAGUGUAUAUUUUUCACGAUACACAUUUUCAUCUCGUAUCAUGAUCUGAAUUUUAUUAACUGAUACGUUUAGAUGUUCAAUGGCAGUAAAGAUGUGUUUGUGAGAUGCUGAGCACUGUUGUUAUAUUCUGUGUUGUUAGAUACAGCAAUGACUGUCUACUAUGGCUGCGGUGCUAACGUUUUUGUAACCAGGAGCAGUGAAGCGCAUCUUUGUAGCGUUCCAUUAUUAUAAAUGUUUUUCGAACUGUGAUUCCUUUAAAUGAAAUUGCCUUCGAAAAUGGAUACUCAUUAGCUGUAUAUAAUAUUAUACUUGGCCUACAAAAAUAAAACCGGUGAUGUUUUGUAUCAGUAGCA